GAGACAUACACACACACACCUGUGGAAAGGGAGACCAUAAAGCACCUAACGCUGACCUCUUGAGAGCUCUUUGUGCUGUGUGAAGUCUCAAGUUAUUCAAUCCUGUGUAGUUGAGGAACAUGGCGGUCAACAAAUGUAUCAAGUACUUGUUUUUUUUAUUUAAUCUGCUCUUCUGGAUCAGUGGCUGUAUCAUACUUGGUGUCUCAAUUUACCUUAAAGUGAGCAAGGGUGCUAAUAAGAUCACGAAUAUGGCUCUUCCUGGAAUCGACCUACUCAUAGCCAUCGGGGCGAUAAUCAUGGUCCUCGGUUUCCUGGGCUGUUGUGGUGCCCUUCGAGAAAACCGCUGCUUGCUGCUUCUGUUCUUCAUUGGUCUGCUCCUGAUCUUCAUUCUCCUGCUGGCUGCAGGCAUCUUGGGUGCUUUGGAAGAAGGCAAGUCUGACUGGGUGAAGCAGGAACUGGGGAAGAUGCUCCCGCUGAGCAAACAGCCAGUUGAUGUUCAGACUGAUCUUCAGUUUCUUGAAAAGGAGGCAAAGUGCUGUGGUCUUUUGAACGGCCCCCAGGACUGGGAGGGCCAAAUCCCGCAAUCCUGUAACUGCACAGAUACAUCUGCAUCCUGUGAUACAGUCAGUGGCAGGAGAGUCUAUAACACGCCCUGUGUCACAGCUGUGAUACUCUACAUCAAGAGUCAUCUCACCAUCGCCCUGGGAAUUGCCUUCGGUUUUGCUAUACUGCUGCUCUUUGGAAUGGGUUUUGCAAUGACCCUCUACUGCCAGAUUGGCAAGAAGAAUGUUGGGGCUGCCUGAGAGGCACACUUCAACUACGUACACCUGUAGGACUACAACUUUGCACCGCCCAUCAAAAGUUAUGUAUAUAAAUGAUGUAUGACUAACUCUGCAGAUGAAAUAUGAUGAAAAUGUAAUGAUUUCCAGCAAAUAAGGUGUUUGUGGACUUGUUCUCCUUGAUGGACCAGAGAAUGAGCAUGGAGGUGAAUGGAUUUCAGCAAAGCAGUUUCUUACACUCAAUGUGCAGAACUGAACAUCUCUGGAUGGUCUCCUGUGGUUCUGGGUAUGAGCUCUCCCUGGUGUUCUGAUUUUUAGCUGAACUAGAGCAAUUGCACUGCAGUUUGAGCUCUGCAUCCUUAUUGUGUUAUAGGAAUAUGUAUUAUAAACUUUUGAAAGAAUUUUGAUUAGAAAAGUCUGCAUUGUCAUCACUUUAAGUUUAUAUUUAAAUAACCUAUUUACAAGGGUGCAGUAAAUUUCCAAGCUGGUCAUGCUCUUCAGCUUAAUUUUCUUCUGCAUAUUAUGUACUUUUAACUGCUGCCUUUAACCAUUUUGGUUGAUGUGAAAGUAAUUUUGUUUUAUUGGCUUUUGGAAAAGUACAGAAAUAAAGUAGAUUUCUUCUUUUUUGCUUUUUCCCUUAUUCCACGGGGAUUAAAAUGCAUGUAGCAGUAUGAUGGUUGAAAAAAGGUCACUUGGAUGCUUUCCCCCCUG